UAGCUUCGCGAAAGCCACAAUCAAACGACAGUAUAAUGAUUGUGGUCAGUAUUCAAACACUUCGACUGUUCUUCGUUGACGCGAAACCUUUGAUUGAUCAUUUGCUAGUCUAGUUGGGGAGGAGAGACAGCAUUCCCCAGUGAGGAAGUGGGAUGUGGCCGGACUGGAUGUUGUGCUGGUGCUUAAGAAGUGAAAAAUCACAGGCAGUGUCAGAGUGAGCUUGGGAUCUCAAACCCCCACCUUACUAGCAGCGAAAAAGCCAGCGAGAUAGCUACAUAUAUCUCAUAGUUGUAACUAUAGACUUGAGUUCAGGUGUCUGAUGACUGAACGCUACAACAUUUAUGUCUAGCUAGACAGCAAAAUGAAGACUCGUUUUGUCUUCAUCGAUUAUGUGUUGUGGGGGUCCUGCUUGUCGUAUAAUUUUGCAUGUAUUUUAAUAUACGUGUGAUAUGAUAUUCCACUUCAGUCUUUUUUUUAACGAGGUGGCAUUAGCUAGCUAGCUAGCUAGUUAACUCAAACCCAUGCUUCAAAUUUCAACUCGGCACCAGAUCAUGGACUCAUCUCUUGCGCUCGGAAGACUGGAGAUCAAAAGUUCAGUAAGACAGGAGAGUGACCACUGUGGACCUGCGAAUGAGAAAAACCUUCAGGACGGACCACAAGCGCAACUGAAUGGAUGCGUACCACUCUCUCAUCAGGUAGCAGGUCACAAAUAUGGAGUUGAUAAAGUAGGUAUUCUGCAGCAUCCGGAUGGCACUGUUCUGAAGCAGCUGCAGCCCCCUCCUCGAGGUCUGAGGGAAAUGCAGUUCUAUAGCAAGGUUUUUUCAGAGGACUGCAGCAACCCAUGCCUUCUAGACCUUCAGUGUUUUCUCCCAACUUACUAUGGCACCUGGUCUUCACCGGAGACACCUAAUGAUAUGUACCUGAAGCUGGAGGAUGUGACGCGCAGGUUUGUCAAACCAUGUAUCAUGGAUGUGAAGAUCGGCCAGAGGAGCUACGACCCCUUUGCCUCCCAGGAGAAGCGAGAGCAGCAGAUUAAGAAGUACCCUCUGAUGGAGGAGAUUGGCUUCCUGGUCCUGGGCAUGAGAAUCUACCAGGUGACCUCAGACAGCUACGAAACUUACGACCAGCAUUAUGGAAGGAGCCUAGUGAAGGACACUCUCAAAGAUGGUUUAGCCAAAUUCUUCCACAACGGGAGCACACUGAGAAAAGACGCCAUCUCCGCCAGCAUCCAGCGGGUCCGGGAGAUCCUGCGGUGGUUUGAGGGCCAGAGUCAGUUCCACUUUUAUGCAAGCUCUCUGCUAUUUGUGUAUGAAGGCAGCCCGUCGGGGAAGACGAACGCCCCCAAAACAGGAAGGGUAAACGGAGGAGUGACAGUGAACAACAACAACAUCCGCGGGGUUAGCCCGGCGGAGAACAGCCAGGGCCUCCCCAACACGUCCAGGCUGCAGAAGGGGGACUUCGCUCACAACACGUGUGAAUGUCCGCAAGACAACGGCGUACGGAAGUGCGGUCCGCAGAUCUCACUACAGCUGCCCAACGGCAACAGCCUCGGCAUCCGAAGUGAGAUGGAGGAGAGCCCUGGGGGGCCGGGUUUGCUGACGUGCAGUGGCGUGGAAGUGAGGAUGAUCGACUUUGCCCACGUUUUCCCCAGCAAGAUGCCAGACGAAGGCUACAUAUUCGGACUGAGGAGCUUACUAUCAGGAUUGCAGCAAAUCCUUGACCAAUGAGCUCACCGGUUCUCCCUCAGCGUUGGUUCUCUUCUAAUGCACUUCUUAUUAACUGGGGCCAAUUUUAAGCAGAAAAGUUUGGAAUAGUCUGCACUAUCAGUGGUUCAUCACUUCUUUGUAAUGCUUAAAGAUAUGCUUGUUUUUUUUCAUUUUAGUCAAGGUUUAGAACCAUCUUACUCAGGUAAAUUGAUUCAUACUCAUAUUUUAAUGGUCAUGUUGCAGAGUCUUGUCCAUGGUAGUUUUCCCUGUUGUGGACUUGCAAACGUCGACUUGCAAACAUUUUUAUAUUGAACUUUUAUAUUCAUCCUUAUGUUGAACGGUUUUACAGUUUGGCUUGCACAAGAGAACGUGGCAUAAGUUUGCAGAGAGAUGGGAGUUAGUGGAACUGUGGUACACUCCUGCUAAUAAGAGGUCUCUGUUCUGGAAAUGAUCCCAAAAAUUGACAGAACUACUGAUGAUUUAAUGUAUUUUAAUGUAUUUCCACUAAGUGUAACCAAAUAACCAGAAAGCAUAGGAAAAUACCCUUU